AUGUCUUAGAAAGUGCAUGCUAUAGAUUCCCUUAGAACGAGAUCUCUUAUACCUCCUGAUUAUGAUUAAUUAGAAGAAGCUCAACUUAAUUAAGAAAAUCUUGUCAUCUCAAGUCAAAGAAGUUAGAACCUUAAAAGUAUACUGAAAAAAUAAGGUAAAAACAGUGUAUCGAAAUUGAAGCGUCUUCGGAUUUCAACUAACUUAAAUUAAGUAUUUAUAGUGGAAAAUUGGAAAUAAUAUAAUUCUAAUUAUGAAGAACCAGCAGAAUCCUGCUGUUAAACAUUUUGA